AUGGCAUCCGAUGUACAACUCGCCCAGCCCGUCGACGCGCCGAAACUUGCGGAGGUGUUCUUCGCCGCCUUCUCUGACCGUUUCAACAGAACCAUGUUCCCGGAUAAGCCGGACGUGCGCAUCUGGAUCGAGAAGAACCUGCUCUGCGGCGAGGGUAUACCAGAGGACCAGGUUAUGCUUAAGGUGACGGAUCCUUCGAACCCUGAUAUGGUAGUGGCGUUCGCGAAAUGGGUUCGCCCCUCGUCUGUGUCGCAUGCGGAUCACGAUCGGCGGGCUGAGGGUCCCGCCGUGUGGCCCGAGAGCAGUAAUGGGGAAUUAUGUGAUCGGUUCUUUGGGACGAUGGGUGGGCAUCAUAAGGAGAUUAUGAAGGAGAGACCUCAUUAUUAUCUCGAGAUUCUGGGUGUUCAUCCAUCGUACCAAGGGCGCGGUCUGGCCUCGAAGCUGUUACGAUGGGGUCUCGCACGCGCGGAUGAAGAAGGCGUUGAAACCUAUCUCUCCAGCUCCCCGGCUGGCAGGCCGCUUUACGAAAGAAAUGGAUUUCAACUAUUAGAUGGGCGGUUCUCGCCUUUCCCUGGCUACGAGCAAGUCAAUAUGAUUCGGCCUGUUAAACGUGAUUGA